CGUCAUCAGAGGGGGCAGUAUAAAGGCGACAGGAGAAAUAGGCAGAGUCAGUCUCAGCCGGACCUGCCAACACUCAACAUGUACAAGGUGGUGAUCGCUGUGUUGUCCGUCUUCCUCCUUGUGGCCGCUGCCAUGGCCAGCCCCAUGCCCGACCCUGGCUAUGGUGGCCAUGGUGGACACGGGGGUGGAUAUGGCCACGGUGGACACGGGGGUGGAUAUGGCCACGGUGGACACGGAGGCGGAUAUGGACACGGUGGUCACGGCCACGGAGGAGGACACGGUGGUGGACACGGUCAUGGUGGCUAUGGAUAUGGUCGGUGAAGAAAAUACUCAAGACCCAUUACUUUCUACACAUUAUAUCACCAAUAAUGGAAAAACUUCUGUUCUCCAGUGAUAAUAAAAUCCGAUUUUUUU